GAAAAGGAGAAUAUCUUCUGCUGUCACUUAUAAUAUUAUUGAUUUUAAAACAUAUCUACAAAAAGCUGAUUUUUCACUAUACUUUGUUGUCCUUUCAAUCACUGGCAUAAGAUGGACGCUUUUGUUUGGAUUCUCUAAACUACCUUGUACAUGCUGUAGUGGUAGUGGGUGAUGUGAAGGCUUCAGGUCCUCGAUAAAGAAACAGUCAUCUAGAAAGGAAGUCGUCUAAAACAUUGAGUUCUGCAAUUAUUUGUCAUUAGUUAUUUCUAUUUCUUCACAGGCUUGUAGCUUUAUUAUGUGAACCAGAUCCUUGAGGUAUAAUUAUGACUAUGCUUUUAAGUUGUCUGGCACCUAAAUUAGUUUCUCUAGUUUGAUAGUGUUUCGUUGUUACUCAAUCCAGUCUCUUAAUGAUCCUCAUUGUUGCAGUUAUGUCUGCUGUAAGUGGGCUGCAGGGUAAGAUCCCCGGAUUUGGCACAAAUGCUCUUGUUAUCACCUCAAUUAUCAUCCUUGGCGCGUUAUUCAGUAUACAGAAAUAUGGGUCAAGCAAAGUGGGUUUUACAUUUGCUCCUGCCCUUGCUUUGUGGUUCUUCAGUCUGGGGUCUAUAGGAAUUUAUAACCUGCUGAAGCAUGAUGUAACUGUCUUAAGGGCUUUAAAUCCAGCUUAUAUCUAUCUGUUCUUCAAGAAGAACUCAACCAAUGGAUGGUCAGCUCUUGGUGGCUGUGUUUUAUGCAUCACAGGAGCAGAAGCAAUGUUUGCUGAUUUAGGUCAUUUCUCUGUGAAGUCUAUACAGAUUGCCUUUACAAGCGUGGUGUUCCCCUGCCUUUUUUUGGCCUACUUUGGCCAAGCUGCUUAUCUUAUGAAACACCCAAAUUCAUAUGGCAGAGUAUUUUAUGAUUCUGUCCCAGAUGGUUUUUUCUGGCCAGUUUUUGGGAUAGCAACUGUUGCAGCUAUAAUUGCUAGUCAGGCCAUGAUAUCUGCUUCAUUUUCAUGUGUUAAGCAAGCUAUGGCUCUUGGAUGCUUCCCAAGGUUGAAGAUUAUUCACACCUCAAGGAAGCACAUGGGUCAAAUCUACAUUCCUGUGAUUAAUUGGUUUUUGAUGAUAAUGUGCAUGCUUGUUGUUGCUGCCUUCAGGAGCACGACAGACAUAGCCAAUGCAUAUGGCAUAGCUGAAGUUGGUGUCAUGAUUGUUAGCACCACUUUGGUCACAGUGGUAAUGCUUCUGAUAUGGCAAACAAAUUUGUUUCUGGCUUUCUUGUUUCCACUUAUAUUUGGAACAAUGGAGCUCAUUUAUCUGUCUGCUGUUCUAUCAAAGAUCUUGGAGGGUGGUUGGCUUCCACUUGUUUUUGCGUCUUUCUUCCUCUGUGUGAUGUAUCUUUGGAACUAUGGGAGCGUCUUGAAGUACCAGAGUGAGGUUAAGCAGAAGAUUUCAAUGGAUUUCAUGCAUGAGCUUGGCUCUUCUCUUGGGACUGUAAGAGUACCAGGGAUAGGUUUACUAUACAAUGAGCUGGUUCAAGGCAUUCCCUCUAUUUUGGGACAGUUCCUAUUGGACCUCCCAGCUAUUCACUCUGUGAUAGUCUUUGUAUGCAUCAAGUAUGUGCCAGUACCUAUUGUCCCUCAGGAUGAAAGGUUCUUGUUUCGAAGGGUUGGUCCGAAGGACUAUCAUAUGUUCCGUUGUGUAGCUAGAUAUGGCUAUAAGGAUGUCAGAAAAGAAGAUCAUCAUGCGUUUGAGCAACUUUUGGUGGAUAGCCUUGAGAAGUUUCUAAGAAAGGAGGCCCUGGAUCUUGCUUUGGAAAGCAACCUGAUUCAACAGGAUCUUGAUAGCAUUUCCGUCAAGUCCAGGGAUGAAUCUGAAAUACAGGAUGGUGAUGGAAUGGACGAGCUUAAGAUUCCUUUAAUGAGUGAUCAAAGAUUAGACGCAGGGGCAUCAACAUCAGAAGCAUCUAUGGCAUUGCCAGCUAGUGUUAUGUCGGUGGAUGAAGAUCCUAGUUUGGAAUAUGAGCUCUCUGCUCUUCGAGAAGCCACAGAAUCUGGAUUUACAUAUUUGCUUGGACAUGGGGACGUGAGGGCGAAGAAAAACUCUUGGUUCAUCAAGAAACUGUCAAUAAAUUACUUCUAUGCAUUCAUGAGGAAGAACUGUAGAGGAGGCGCUGCAACAAUGCGUGUUCCUCACAUGAAUAUUAUCCAGGUGGGAAUGACAUACAUGGUUUGAUCUUGCUGCCAUUUAGCUUCUUGCUGGCCUUGUAUGUGUUGCAUUAAAAUUUCUUGAUGCCAAUUUUUUCGAGGCAUAAGUAUUCAUGUAAGAAGCAUGCCUUUUCAAAAACAGAAAAAACUAUUACAUGUUCAAGUAAUAUUCUUAUCAUUAUUUGCGAACCAUGGA